UCUAUUCAUUGCAGAGAGCAGCCUGAAUGUUAAUCUGCAUCCGGCCUAUUCAUUUAGAUGCUGUGCGCUGCCGGGGAGAUUUGACUUGGUAAAAGCUUGAGCUCCAGCAGAUACAAACCUAGCUCUUGAUACUAUAUUUUAUUUUCCCCCUCCCCCGAGCCCUGGGCGGUGUGGGGACCGGAGCCCCUCGGCAGCGGCCGUGCUGCUCAAGGUACGUUCGCUCCCGGCCGGGCCAAGGCACCGCGAACUUCCUCGCUUGGAAGAUUUUUUUCUUUUUUUUCUUUUUUUUUUUUUUAACCAUGCAGAUACAAUUAAAUUGGCUCCGAGUGUGUUCCCUUUUCUUCCUGUUACCCCGUGGCCUUGCAGAUAGGACUUUUUUUUUUUUUUUUUUUCCCCUCGGCAAUGGGAACAGAGCAGCUCUUUGUGGGUUAUUAUUUUCUUUCCAGAGAUUUUUUUUUUUAAUCUUUCUCAGAUAAACUUCUAAUUUUUCCCCCUUUUUUUUUAAAUCGUUCUUCUGAGCUUCCAGCAUUAGUUAAACGUAGUUUUUCUUCAGUGGUAUUGCAGGAUUUUAAAGCUCCUGGACUCUCGGGGAGGGAGCACGGGGGGGUCUGGGCUCGGUGCAUCCGCAGUGAUUUGCUCCGCUGGAGUUUCAGCGCCCAGGCUGCACCAGCGCUACCUGCUCGGGCUCUGCGCACCUUCCAGCUCCCUUCCAGCGCCAGGCUCUUUUUCUGGGAGGUGGAAGCAGGAAUUCUGCCCAUGGCCAAAAGAUGUGCCCUACUUUGGAUAUUCCUGCAUUGAAUGUCUGAGGAGCUCCGGCCGAUCCUGAGCCAUGUCGCAGAUGUUGCACAUAGAGAUUCCCAACUUCGGGAACACCGUUCUGGGCUGCCUGAACGAGCAGCGGCUGCUGGGGCUCUACUGCGAUGUCUCCAUCGUGGUGAAGGGCCAAGCCUUCAAGGCUCACCGGGCGGUGCUGGCCGCCAGCAGCCUCUACUUCCGAGACUUGUUCAGUGGGAACAGCAAAAACGCCUUUGAGCUGCCGGGCACCGUCCCCCCCGCGUGCUUCCAGCAGAUCCUGUCCUUCUGCUACACCGGCAAGCUGACCAUGGCAGCGAGCGAGCAGCUGGUGGUGAUGUACACGGCGGGCUUCCUGCAGAUCCAGCACAUCGUGGAGAAAGGGACGGACUUGAUGUUCAAGGUCAGCUCUCCCCACUGUGACUCUCAGACCACCAUGAUCGAAGACCCCAGCUCGGAGCCGCAGAGCCCCUGCAACCAGCUGCAGUCGGCCUCGGCGCCCUACGUCAUGUCCCCCUCCAUGCCCAUCCCGCUCCUCACGCGCGUCAAACACGAGAACCUGGAGCUGCAGGCCCUGCCCGGCCUGCCCGCCAAGCGGCCCCUCGAGCCCGGCGCCCGGGACGGGCCCGGCGGCGCCGGCGGCGCCAACGCGGGGCCCCUGAAGCUGUCGCGCGUCUCCUACUACGGGGUGCCCAACCUGGCCACCCUGCUCCCCAACGUGCAGCAGGUGCAGUACUCGCAGGGGGAACGCACCAGCCCCGGCGCCAGCAGCAUCCCCACCACCGACAGCCCCACCUCCUACCACAACGAGGAGGACGAGGAGGACGAUGAGGCCUACGACACCAUGGUGGAGGAGCAGUACGGGCAGAUGUACAUCAAGUCCUCGGGAGGUUACUCUGUUGCCCAAGAGAAGCCAGAGCAGAUCCCUCUGGAGAACCGCUCGUGUGUCCUGAUCCGCCGGGACCUGGUGGCUCUGCCUGCCAGCCUCAUCAGCCAGAUCGGAUACCGCUGCCACCCAAAGCUCUACUCGGAGGGAGACCCUGGGGAAAAACUCGAGCUUGUUGCAGGCUCUGGUGUUUACAUCACCCGGGGGCAGCUGAUGAAUUGCCACUUAUGUGCUGGUGUCAAACACAAGGUCCUGCUGAGACGUCUCCUGGCCACCUUCUUCGACCGGAACACGCUUGCCAACAGCUGCGGAACUGGAAUCAGGUCCUCCACGAGCGAUCCCAGCAGGAAGCCCUUGGACAGCAGGGUCCUUAAUGCAGUCAAAUUGUAUUGUCAGAAUUUUGCCCCGAGCUUUAAGGAGAGCGAGAUGAACGUGAUCGCGGCCGACAUGUGCACCAACGCGCGGCGCGUGCGCAAGCGCUGGCUGCCCAAGAUCAAAUCCAUGCUGCCCGAGGGCGUGGAGAUGUACCGCAGCGUCAUGGGCUCCUCCACAAACACUGUCCCCCUGGAGCCCGACUUCCAGCCCAACGCCGCUCAGGUCUUCGAGCAGCGCAUCUAUGCAGAGAGGAGGAGCGAGGCGGGGACUAUCGUGGCCUUGAGAACUAACACGGUGAACGUGGAGCUGAGCAACGGAUCCAGCCAGUCCUUCGAGCAGGGCGAGGACGCCGAGGCCGCCGGCUCCGUCAUCCAGGAGGCAGCUGCCACGGAUGCCGUGGCGUCGGAAAGCCAAAGCACUCCGCAGCCCUUCGAGCAAGGCUCGGGCUCCUCCAGCCGGCCCGAAACCCCCGUGAGGAGACAGGAUGGUACUUAUGGAGGGACUUUAUAAAGAGAGCAAACAUUUCGUGACCUAUAAGGGAUCUGUAAUACUAAAGCUGCUUGCAUGCAUUACUAAUACAAAACAAAAAAAAAUGUGAUCAAGCCACUUACCUACUGAACU